AUGAAUGCACUGACCGCCGAUCUUUCAAUACUUUCAUUGUGUGUUUGCAUAUUGAAUAGAUAUACAGAUAGUAAUAAUAAUAAUAAUAACAGAAUGGUAUCACAAUAUCACAGAGAAAGACUUAGAGGAAAUGUAAAGAUCUUUUCAGCUCUUGCACUCUUUUCAAUCGGUGUCUACGCAUUCUCAAUGUACAAGAUGGGUAUGAACGACUUUAAAGACAUCAACGACUUUGGUCACCAAAUCACUGCUGAAGAGGAAAACCAAGGAAAGGUCUUAAAGAAGAGAUUAAGAGGUUCGGGUGAUCAACAACAACAACAACAACAAUAA